UCUUCCCACAUUCUACUUCUUCUUCUUCUCCCAAAACCUAACAACUCAGAGACCAAAAAAGAAAAAAAGAAAAAAAUCCAAAAUCCAAAAUCACAAAACCUUUCUCUCUAUCGAUUUCUCAGAUUCUGGAUCUUGUUUCAUUUUAUUCACCUGGAUUUAUAGAUUCCCAAAAUUUCUAGGGUUUCGCGAUGGAAGAAGUUACGCCGGUGAAUGAAAUCGAGAAUCAGAAGACGCCGAUUGAGCCGAAGAAGUCGUCAAACAAGCGGAAGAGAGAACCCGCGGCGAUUGAGAAUCUAACUUCUGAGGAGAAAGAAGCUCAGAUCUCUUCGUUGAAUCGAGAGACGAAAGGGCUUUUUGAUUAUUUUCGUGAAAUGAUGGAAGAGAGUAAGAGAACAGAUCUGUUUUCUAGGUUUAGUGAUUGUUCGUCUGUGAAUUCUAUGGUUGCUUUGUUGAUGGAGGAGAUGAGUUUGCCGUUGUCGAAGCUUGUCGAUGAGAUUUACUUGAUAUUGAAGGAGAAGGUUGAAAGUGUUACUUUGGUAGCUGUGAAGAGUGCUGUUGUUUCUGUGGGUCAGAGAGUGAGUUACGGUUUGCCUAACGCAGAUGCUGAUGUUUUGGAGGAUGAUUCUGAAUCUUGUCUCUGGUGCUGGGAGACGAGAGAUUUGAAAAUGAUGCCGAGUUCUGUUCGUGGAUUGCUUAAAGUUCGACGGACUUGUAGGAAGAAGAUUCAUGAAAGGAUUACAGCAGUUUCUGCAAUGUUAGCUGCAUUACAAAGAGGGGGAACUGAAGAGUCGUGUAGAUCUGAUCUGAGCAAAGCUGCUGAAAAGCUUGGUAAAAUACUGACUGAGGUGGAUAUUCGAUCGUUUAUGGAUAACAUGUUGCAGAAGAACAGCGCAGAGAUGGCUGAGAAAGACUCAAAGCGAGAAGAGAAGCUGCUUCUCAAACAAUUGGAGAAAAGUAGAUGUGAAGCUGAGAAGGAAAAGAAGAGAGUGGAACGUCAAGUAUUGAAAGAGAGAUUGCAACAGGAAAAAGAGCAGAAGCUAAUGCAGAAAGCAAUUAUUGAUGAAAAUAAUAAAGAAAAGGACGAGACUGAGUCAAGAAAACGGUUAAAGAAACAGCAAGAUGAGUCGGAGAAGGAGCAGAAGCGUAGAGAGAAGGAACAAGCCGAGCUAAAGAAGCAACUUCAAGUACAAAAACAAGCAUCAAUCAUGGAGCGGUUUCUUAAAAAGAGCAAAGACAGUUCAAUAACCCAACCUAAGCUUCCUUCCAGUGAAAUAACUGCUCAGGAACCUUCAUGUGCAAAACCUGAGAAUGAAAGUGGAACAGUUAUUCAGGCCAUUGACAAUGCCUUUUCAACAACUUGUGAAGCUACACUUGAUGAUAUUCGCAGGGAACACUUUGCUUCUUGGCGACAGUUGGGUCAUUCGCUCUCCAGUACGAAAAAGCAUUGGGGUAUGCGUAGGCAACCUAAGAGUGAACUGUUUCCGAAACUAAAACUAUCUACAAAUAGGGAAGCAACAUCUGACGGUGAACCGAACAUGGAGAAGCAAGUGGAUGGGUGUGAAGAGAAAAACUUUGAUGGUAUAUCUUCCAUUGGGCAGUGUGAGUCUUCGUCAUCUGAUCGUAAGAAGAAGUCCAGGAGGGCCAAGCAGUUGUUACAAUUUGAUAAAAGCUGCAGACCAGGCUUUUAUGGUAUCUGGCCUAGCCAAAGUCAAGUUGUGGGGCCACGUCGUCCUCUGAAAAAGGACCCAGAAUUGGAUUAUGAAGUUGAUAGUGAUGAAGAAUGGGAAGAGGAAGAAGCAGGUGAAAGCCUUUCAGAUUGUGAGAAAGAUGAAGAGGAAAGUUUGGAAGAAGGAUGUUCAAAGGCUGAUGAUGAAGAUGAUAGUGAAGAUGACUUUAUGGUGCCUGAUGGAUAUCUCUCAGAAGAUGAGGGGGUCCAAGUGGACAGAAUGGACAUGGAUUCGUCUGAGCAGGAUGCUAGUACGCCAUCAUCUAAGCAAGAUCAAGAAAGUCAAGAGUUUUGCGCAUUACUCCAACAACAAAAACAUCUGCAAAGUUUAACUGACCAUGCUCUGAGGAAAACGCAGCCACUGAUUAUAUGUAACCUAACGCAUGAGAAGGUCCCUUUCUUAGCCUCUAAAGAUCUAGAAGGGACACAAAAAGUGGAACAGAUAUGUCUGCGAGCUCUCAUGGUGCGAGCAUUCCCAUGGACUUCUCUCAUCGAGAUAUCGAUCAAUGACAUGGAAGAGGAGGAUCAGGAAACUGGCAAGUCAUCUUGUAGUCAGAGCACACCUCCAUCUAAUUCAAAAGCAAAGUCCAUACCAGACUCGGAUUUAAUUACAGUUGUAUCAACUAUUCAAUCAUGCCCUCAAGGUAUCAAUAGAGUGGUUGAAACAUUACAACAGAAGUUUCCUGAUGUACCAAAGACCAAGCUAAGACAAAAAGUGCGUGAAAUAUCAGAUUUCGAGGAUAGCCGUUGGCAGGUAAAGAAAGAAGUAUUGACAAAGCUUGGAUUAUCACCGUCACCAGAUAAAAGCGGUAAGAGACCAAAAAUGAUAUCUACAUUCUUCUCAAAACGCUGUUUGCCUCCAUCCACAAAGCCACAACCUGCUGCAGUCGAAGAGGCACAGAGAUUAGAAAACGAGAAUGCUUAGGUCUCUUCACUGUUUCCAUAUUUUUUUGGUUACAUUCCUCAACUUAGCUAUAUCCUUUUUUUUUGCUUCUUGUGGAUACAAAUGUAUGAUGCAAUAACAUCGGAAAGUGUUUUGUUGAGGGAAUGAUAAAUGGUUUAAGCAACCUGAGAUGUUUUGUUCAGGUAAAAGUCUAUAAAUCUACCUUACUUAUUUUCAUUU